AUGGGUCGUGUAAAGCUUCAGAUCAAGAGAAUAGAGAACACCACAAACCGACAGGUUACCUUCUCCAAACGUAGAAAUGGACUCAUUAAAAAAGCCUACGAGCUCUCAAUCCUCUGCGACAUUGACAUCGCUCUCAUCAUGUUCUCCCCCUCCGACCGUCUCAGUCACUUCUCCGGCAAGAGAAGGAUUGAAGAUGUUCUCACACGUUAUGUAAAUCUCUCGGAUCACGAUAGAGGAGGAAUUGUUCAAAACAAAGAGUAUUUGAUCAGCGCCCUCAUGAAACUCAAGAACGACAGUGACAAUUCCCCUGAAAACAGCGAUCCAGCAGCUAGCAACUCAAAUGUGGAGGAGCUCCAACAAGAAAUCAGCAAUUUACAGCACGAGCUCCACAUGGCAGAGGAACAAUUAAGGACAUUUGAGCCAGACCCAAUGUCAAUCACAUCAAUAGGAGAGUUCGAAUCAUGUGAGAAGAACCUUAUAGACGCCUUGGCUCGUAUAACACAAAGAAAGAAGCAACUGCUGAGUGCUCAUCUUUCUUCCUAUGACCCAUCCAGUGUAUAUUUGGACACACAAGAUGGUAUGCCAGCCUCAUUUGAUAACGAGGUCGCUAAUUGGUUUCUUGAGAAUGGGGACAACACAUCUCAAGUUUAUGUUGGGCCUAACCCCUCCACACUUCCCCCCAGUUGUGAUGAUCGCGAGGGACUACCUGCAUGGCAUCAGGCUUUCACUUCUACUGAACUUCUCUCCGCCUUCAUGACACCAGCUGCAUUCCCUCUCUCUAAGCAACAAGAGGUAGGGCUUGUGGGUGCAUCUUCGAACCAACAAGUAGUAGAUUCGACAUCUAACUGCCCAAAUCUGCCAUCUAGUGAUGAAAGUGCAACUUAUGUGACCAAGCUCCGGGAGCUCAAUUCAAGAUAA